GGCGUAGACAUCUACGUGACUACUCUUUGUAUCUGUGAUUGUCAUACUUGACUGAUGACUAUCGACUUCGCUUUCAUUUUGAGUUGUGACUUCAGGAUCACUUUCCUAUGGUGGUAGCAAGGAUCCGCUUGAAAGUUCUUUCGUGAGGCCGUGUUGGUGUUGGGUUUGGCCUCAUUUGGAUUUUCACCCUUUGCCGUUGCAUGCGAAGGCACAAGGUCAAGGUGAUUCGAUUUUGCAAUACAGAGGUUCCCCUCGUUGCACACGUUUCGAACGGAGAUGAGCAACCACGUUGGGAGAGGUCGAGGUAGAGGUGCCAACAGGCAUGGACAUCAAGCUGUGGAUCCAUCAUCGGCAGCUGGUGUCCGUGGUACUGCGGUUGCGGCUCCAACGUCAACCCGGCAGGUCCUGGAAGCUGCUGCUGUGCAUGUGAAGGAGUUCGUUCCUCGUACUAGUGGGUCUGCCCCCCCUCUACCAGCCACUGCUGUCAAUGCUCAGGUAUUCCGCCCUCGGCAUGCUGGCCCGCCUCCAGCUGCAGCUGCGCCACCACCUGUCGCUAUGGGUAAUUCAGCGGCGUCUACAGCGUGGUCAGUAGGCUCGGCACAGCCUGAUUCGUAUGCUACCCAUACUGCAAACCAUCAAGGCCAUGGAUCCACGUCGAGCUAUUCUAAUUCAGGUGACACCGAGGCUUACGACCUAGGCACAACACCCCAAGAGACAGAUGCGUUGCUACAAGUUGAGCAGCUUAUCAAUCGCCUGCUCACGGACCCUUGGUCACUGGAAUGCGAGCUGGAUCAGAUUGUCUUGUUGCUCAACCGCUCCAUUGUAUCGGAACAAGCGCUGUACACCCUCUGCCAUCAUAUCAUUCAAACGGGCUGGCUCUUUCCUGCAUUUUCGUAUGUCGGCGGCCGUCUUGUUCAUCUACUGGAUACAAAUCUGUCCAAGAAUGGCGUCCUCGGAAAGUUUCGCAGCAUUUUUCUUCAACUACUGAACAGUUCCUUUCAUGACCUGGGGGCUGCUUCAGGAGAACCAAUGCGCCGCCAGGAGUGGCUGAAUUUCUCGAUCUUUUUCGCUGAGAUCUAUCGCAACCUCAUUAUUAUCCAACCUUCGAGCAAUGUUCCGUCUCCCAUCAAAGCUCUCAGCAUGCCUUUGCUUGAGAUUGUGCGCUCGUUAAUGCUGCAGCCAGGUGAUGACACGAUGCAAUGUGCAUGUAACAUACUCAAGUUGACAGGGUCGUACUUGACUCAGGAUGCAGCAGACAUUCUCAGGCAGUGCACGGAAGGCUUGAAAGUACUGCCCAAACAUGAACUGUCCCUGGGCACGCGCCGUUUAAUCGAGUCAGUACUGCGUCUCGAGUCUCAGAACUGGGGCUCCUCGCCGGGCGUUGUUCCGCAUUCACCCGUCUUCAUCCCAACCACCGACCCGCUCGCGUUUGCCCCAUCGGAGCCUGUGACAGCACCAGCGCACAGUGUGGCAGCGGCGGCAACGAGUAAUUCACAUUCGACGUAUCCCACAUACUCACAGAACUACGGGUCGGGACGAGCAGAUCCAUUGGAGAGUGUGACCAACACAAUGGCAUCAAGUUCACUGCAACCGGUUACGAACAAAGACAUGUGGAGUGAGUAUGCGGAUCCCGACGAUGAGUAUGAGGAUGAUGAUGACAUGGCCCUGCAGAAGGAUAUGGAGGAGGAGUACGCACGUUUCCUUCGAGAGACUGAGGACAGUUGAUGCGGUCAGCGCACGGCCCUGCUUCUUGUGCUUCUGUUGAAAAUGGUGUGUUGCCCCUGACGACAGUGCCUGUGUCGGCAGUAGGAAAUCUGUGUCUAUCGUUUUUGUUGAGCUUCAGAUUGCCUCUACUGUACCUCUCUAUCAUUUCCCACCUGCAGUAUUUUCUACUCAUGCAACAACAUACAUAUUAUCAUAGUAACAUAUUAUCAACCAUGCAUGCAACAGGACUGAUUUUGGAGACCCCAUUUUUACACAAAAUAUGACGGAAAACAUCUCGAUCACCUGCCCCAUGAUACAUGAUAUUGCAUUUUGUAUUUGUUACUUUUGUGUGUGUCCGUCAUCGUUUUAUGCUCAUACUUUAUAUGCUGAUGACUUGUGUAUCCUGAAGAAGCUUCGCACACUGUG